AUGAUUGCGGGGACCGCCACGAGCAAUGCGAUCGCCGCCUUGUGCCUGGCGGCUGGCGUGCUGCUCCACCCCGCCAGCUGGGUUGGCGACGGGUGGUGCUCGGGCGGUCUCAUUGGGGUUAUCUGGACGUUCAGUACUACCAGCACGACCGAGACCAGCGUGACCUGGACGAAGGCGGUCGUCUACGCUCCGCCCCCCUGCCCUCCGCCUGUGCCCCUUGAGUGCCCGCACGACGGGCCAGAGAGCUUCCACGUCCUGGGCGAGGGCGUGACGGGCUCGACGACGGUCGCCCAUCCCAGGCCGGGGUCGAGGGGGCUUGUCACGUUCUCGAGCGACCCCGGCUGGGCCCACGAGAGGCUUUUCCUGUGGCCCGUCCCGCCAGACUCAGACGGUGGCCACUGGGCCAGCUACGUCUACACGCCUGGGAGUGACUUCUACUUGGAGCAGGAGACCGACUACAGCAGCUCGGCCCUGCUCACAGGGCGGAAGGGCUACCCGACGGGCGCCCCUCAGGUGGUGGCGUUCAGCCGGGCCCUGGAGCCGGACGAGGUGGCUGAGCUCGUCACGAGGGCGCGCGCCGAGGCUGUCGUGAUGACAGGGAGUGAGGGACCCGAUCCCAGCGUGCCUGACGCGGUGGACUGGAGGGGGGGCCGGCUGGACCUUCCAGCCUACUCCUUGGCGCAGGCGCCGCGCCUCAGUGCCUCGGGCCGCCGGCUCCGAGGCAAGCAGGCCAUGCCCCUCCCCGUCGGCGACGCCGCCGAUGGGCACGGCUGGCUGUGCAGCGACUUGGCCUGCUGGGACGGAGCUUUCGCCUUCGGCACCGAGCUGCGACCUGGCCAACCACCGCGUGUCGGGCUGCGUGGGCGAGGCGAGUACGGCAUCGCCACCGAUCGCAGCGGAGGUCACCACCCUGUGGAGCUCGUCGAGCUCGGUCGCGUGUCGGAGUGGCGCGAGGCCAUGCUGCAGGGGGCCUCCCGGCUCCGAGGCGGUGGCGACCCGCUCGAGAAGAGGCUGCUCGACGACGGGCCACCUCGGCCGCCCGCGCUGGUGCCCUCCACGGCCCGAGCCGAGGCGGCCGAGGUCGACGACCUCCGCACGUGCUGGAUCGACUACGACGACGCGGGGGCCAGGUACAAAGAGUGGAGGAAGGUGCUGCAGGAGGCCACUCAGGAGAGCGUCCAGACAGCUGGGCUCAGAGGGCCCCCAGUGCGCCUCCCCGUGUGCAGGAAGUUCCACAAGCACGGCGGGACGCCCAAGGCCUGGUUCGCCGAGUGGGCUCGCGAGGUCGGCAUCUCGCGUAAGGACCGGGCCCGGCAUGAGGUCGAGUGCCUCAUCGAGUGUCUCUGGCUGGCUGGCAGCUACGACCAGCUGAACGCGGGGGCCGUCGCGGCCCUGGAGGUGGUCGCCCGACGGCUGCUGCAGUACGUGGAGGCCUACGCGAUGGGCGCGGACAAUCCCAACUGUAGCGCGGCCACGCACUUCAGCGCCACCUCCUCGGCCCUGGACCUCGCCCCCGAGGAGAUGCGCACGUGCGCCGCGCGCCGGGCGAAGGACGAGCUGGAGCUGGAGCGCGCGGCCGCCGGCCACAUGACGCUGGACCCCCAGGGCGACGAUGGCCCGACCAAGAAGAUUUUGGGCCUACAAGCUGAUGUGCGGCAGCGCGUUGUGGAGGCGGCCUCCCGCUGGUGCGACGUUGACAGCGCCGUCGGCGAACGUGGAGCCUUGGCCAGGCCCUUGAAGGGGCGCUCGGGGCAUGCGCCGGCGCCUUCAUGCAGUGUCGGGCCCUACGAGUACUCGAAGGUAUCUGCGCCGAGUGACUUGCAUGACUCGCCGUCGCUCAUCUCGACGUCGCCUUCGCAGGCGAGGAAGCACCUCGAGGAUUUUGAGAGGCCUAUGCCCCGGCCCGCGCAGGAGUCUGAAUUACUUCAACAGCACGAAGGGGCGCCGGGCUGUCAUACCGACCCGGCGCUGCGGAAGGAUCCUCGCACCUACGGCCGCCUUGCGCGGAGGGUAGCGAGAGUCGGCAUGGUGACCUUCACUCGAGACCCGGCCUGCGUGCUGGGCGUCUUUUUCGUCACCAAGAAGGCCGACAAGCUCAGGCUGAUCGUCGACUGCCGGCGAGCCAACCAGCUGUUCCAGAAGCCUCCCGGCGUCGCCCUCCUGAGCGGCGAGGGGUUGUCCAGGGUGGAGAUCGACGACCCCGAGGACCUCCUGGGGGGCCUGCCGGUCCACCUCGGCGCCGGGGACGUCGCGGACUGCUUCCACAGGAUGAGGUUGGUGAAGACGGCGGGGGGCGACAUUCGGCGUUACUUCUGCUGGCCGCCCCUCGCGCCCAAGCACGCCAGCAUCUCCGAGGUCGACGGCGUGGCUGCGAGGCCGGACGAGAAGAUCUGGCCCAUGUGCGCGAGCCUCCCUAUGGGUUUCUCGUGGUCGCUGCACUUUGCCCAGACCGCGAACGCCCAGCGCCUGGAGCCAGGAGCUCUCGGACCGGGGGCCUUCCCUGGCCCUCGGCGGGCCUUCGGCCUCGUCAGGGUCAGGCCACUACAUUGUCACUACAUGUACGUCGACAACGCUGGCGUGCUCUCCUUCGACGGCGACCUGGCGGGUCGCGCUCUGGCGGAGGCCCAGAGGGGCUUCGACGUCGACGCGCUGCGCUUCCACGAGAUGGAGGUCUUCGACCACGGCGGGCCCUCCUCCCUGGGCUGGCAUCUUGACGGCGACGCCCGAGUCGCCCGGCCCAUUGACAAGCGUUCUGCUCUUGUUCGCCGCGGCGUCCGGGCGCUGCUUCGGCUGAGGAAGGUCUCUGGCUGGCAGGUCGAGGCCGUCCUCGGACGCGUCACUUUCCUGUGUCUGAUGCGUCGGGAGCUCCUCUCGAUCUUCCACGCGGUGUAUCGUUUCGUUCGGGAGUCCUACACGAAGUUCCAGCGGCUGUGGGACUCGGCUCGGGAGGAGCUCAACGCCUUCCUCGGGGCCAUGAUCUUCGUCGAGGCCGAUUGGAGCCAUCCUUGGACGCCCUACGUCUACGCCAGCGACGCGAGUCUCCACGGCUUCGGUGUCCCCCAGCCCCUCUGGUCGCAUCGUGACGCGGCCGAGGUCGGGCGCGUGCCGGAGCUCAGUCGCUACCGCCAGGGCGGCGCCCGGGCCCGCGAGCACGCCUUCGAGGUCGCCGGCUUCAAGGUGGACCCUGAGAGCGGCGACGUGGAGCGCGACUUCCUCGGCCGGCCCGCGCGGCCCCACAGAGAGGCCAGGGAGAUCCUGGAGGCUGCGCGGUGGGAGCACAAUGAGGAUUUUGCGGAGGUGCCCAGCCGCCUCCUUGCCGGCGACCGCCGGCACGCUAUUAUCGCUGAUCGUUGGCUGCAUGCCGACGACAUUUUGCGCCUUGAGGCCAGGGCGGCGGUCAGGGCCGGAGCUCGUGCCCUGCACAUUGGGGCCUCGCUGCUUGACUGCACCCCUGGCUCGGCCGAGCUCGGAGGGCCAGGCGACACGCGCACGCGCCCUGACCCUGGAGCGGGGUCUGGCCAGCCGCCUGGCGCUGCGCAGCCGUACUCUGGAGCAGGGCUGGCCCGAGCGCAGACGACGGAGGCUUUCCUGGGGCAGGUGGCGAACGAGAUCCUUGGCAGGUUGGCCAGGGCGCCAGGCCCGGCCGACCGAGGCGCCCCCGCGGACAUCGAGGGAGAGGACAGCAGCGAGAGCGACGACUCCUCGGACCCCGAGGAGAGGGCGGCGACAGCGGCCCGCCAGAGGGCUUUGCGGCGGCGCGGGAAGAACCACGUGCGCCAAUGCCUCAGCGCCCUGAUGGGCGCGGCCCUCCUGGGCGCGCGGCUGACACCGCUGGGGGCCCGGUCCGUGACCGAGGCAGCUGCUGCCCAGUACCGCCAGCGCGCCCUCGCCUUCUUGAGCUGGGGCCCCUUCUCAGAGGCGGUGCUGGAGGAGCCCGCGCGCCUGGACGUCGCCCUGACCGACUUCAUGAACCACGAGUUCGAGCAGGGUCACAAGAGCUGGAGGGGAGAGAAGCUCCUGGCGGGCAUCAUCUUUCACUCACCGCGCCACGGGAAGAACGGCUACGACAAGCUGCCGCGCACCCUGCGCGCGCUGAAGGGAUGGUGCAGAGCGUCGCCAUCUCGCUCGAGAAGGCCCUUGACCGUGGGCAUGCGGGUGCCCAUUGUGGUGGAGAUCGCGAGGCUGGGUUUCCUGAUGGCCGCAGUACUAACCUUGAUCAUGGUAGAGGGGUACCUGCGCCCCAGAGAGAUGCUGGGCCUGACGCCGGCAUCGUUCCUGCCACCCGCCCCUGGCGGGGUGGCCACGUGGGUCCUCCUGCUCUUCCCGCAGGAUGGCAACCUGCGGUCCAAGACCUGCGAGAGCGACGACAGCAUCCCCCUGGACUCAAGGAGAUUCGGCUGGAUGGACGCGAUCUAUCAGGUGUUCUCCAGGCGCCCCCAGGGCUCGGAGCGCCUCCUGGACUGGAGCUACCGCGAGUACGCGAGCGUCUUCAGGCGCGCUGCCGCCAACCUGAACUGGGCAGCUCUUCGAAGUGUCAGGAGGUGCGAGAAGGCUGGGCGCGUCAGCCAGGCGUGGCGGGAGCUAGAUGCCGAGGACCAGGACCACGUCUGGCUCUGCAUGAGGAAGAUCGAAGGGAUCUCCCUACGAGGGGACGCGGCGCCCACGCCUCCAUACUUCAGGCGCAGAGCGGAGCCCGAUCCCAAGCGUGUCAGGCGCUCUUGA